UGGCCCGAGACAAAUAAGGCCCAAGUCAAUCUUCUACUUAAAAGAGUAUAGCCCAUAACUAGAGUCCAACCUAUGUGAGACUGCCCGAUAAAGAGGAGUCAUCUAGGGCACACGAUUGUAGAGCAUACUCGAAAGAGCAGAAGAAGAAAACUGAUCUGAUCUGAAGCGGAUGGGACGAAGUAGUGGAAUUAGCUCCAUCGCGGCGGUCGGAGUAUUCUUCCGGACAGGAACGAUGAUCAAAACAACGGAAUCUGAGCUUCUUCAUCUGCUGCUGGCUCCCGUCCCCAAUGCGAAAUCUUCAGCCAACAUAUUCUCGUCACGGCGGAUCGUGAUAGGUAUGAGAUUUGGGGGAGAUGAAAGUGGCGGCGGGUAGGACCUCUUCGAGGACUUGGAGAUCGUAGGUAUUCUUCACCGUAUUGAGUUCAACCGUGGCUCGUCGGGUAUUCCGCGAUUCUUCGGGUAUUUAGAUGAUUUGAUUUCAUUGGUCCGGAUUCUCCACGUCAGCAUGUGACGUGGUGUGCCCGAACCGCCAAAUUAUUUUUUCGAAGGAGUGCUUGUUCAUUUCUUAACAAACGCGAGAAUAGAUUGCUUCGUUCAUGGUUCUAUAAAUACGACAAUGCUGUGCUGGUUGAUUAGCCUCCAUUAAAAGAAGUAAAGAACGCCCUUCUUGAUUUUACUCUUCUUGAGUGUUUCUGAGUGAUCUUGGAUUUCGUUUUUUCAAUGGAGGAUGGUGGGCAUUCUGGGAACACCUUUGAUGGUGAUGGGUAGCGGAUGGGAGGAGCCAGCACUGGAUGGAGGGUAAUGGGGAGAGGACGCACGGGAUGGAGGGAAAUGGGGAGAGGACGCACUGGAUGGAGAGGAUUGGGAGGAAGGGGGAGAGGACGCACUGGAUGGAGAGGAUUGAGAGGAAGGGGGAGAGGACGCAAUGGAUGGAGAGAAAGGGGGAGAGGACGUCAUGGAUGGAGUGAAAGGGGGAGAGGACGCAAUGGAUGGAGUGUAAGGGGGAGAGGACGCACUGGAUGGACACCUAUUCAAACUGGGGCAAAUGGGAUUGAUCAGCCUAUUUCUAUCGAUGCAAAUGGGAACGAGCAGCUGAAUUCUAUUGAGUCUAAUGAGAAUAAUCCUAAUGAGAGUAAUCUGCCCCAGCCCACUAGUGAUGAGCCGAACCAGCCCGUUACUGAGGCGUCUGAGGUGCUGGAGAUGGGUUUUGGGUGUUUCCCGUAAUUGAUGAAUCUCUGAUUUCUGGUUUUCGCUAGCGGUAUUUUCAACUGAAGCCUACUUUGUUUAAAAUGCUCACUGUUUGUAGAUUUUUAGACAUGUACGUUCAAUUGUUUUUAUAGAUUUUCAUUAGCAUGGACCAUCCUUAGGCUUUUCCUCAUUUUCUUUGUAGUUUGUUCAUGCUAAUCAUUUUCAGGAUUGACUUUGUGAAUACUUGUGGUACUGUUCUUAUCAUUCUUUGCUAUCAGUUUUUUCUGAUAGAUCUCUAGCUUCUUUUUUCUUCCUGAUAAGAGAUAGAUCUCUCUAGCUGAUUUCCCAUUUUAGAUGUAUUGAUCACGAUUCAUGACACUUAAUAAAGAGUUCCUUUCGGCUUCAAA